UGUUUCACGUCAUUGUUUUCUUACUGAUCAGCGAUGGAUGAUUUUGACGAUAACGAUUUUGACAAUUUGGUCGAAGGUCGUCUCGACGAAGAUGUCGAUAAAUAUUUGGAGCCACAGGAACGAGACGAGCCACAGGACCGAGACGAGCAAGAACAAAAUGAGGAAAAAAGAAUGGUUCCAGUGAAGAUACGCGUGAGGAAUCCACAACCCAAAUUGAAUGCUGAAAGGUUGCGAGGUCCUCGUGGGUUAUCUGUACUCCCAACAUGGUUUGAAAACAUUGAGUUGAAAGGCAAAGGUCAUGAAUCAGAAGAUCUUAAUGCUGUCAUAAACCGUUUAGAACAAUGGACACAUAGAUUAUUUCCUAGGUAUACAUUUGAUGACUCUCUCGAUAAGUUAGAGAAUUUAGGCAAAAAAAAUGAAGUUAAGGUGUUGUUAAAACGAAUAAGGAUGGAUUUGGAAAGUAAUGAUUGUAUAACACAACUCGAUGAUGAAGAGGUUGAACCACCACCCCCUCAGAUUGAUGCAUUUGAUCGGAUUGCUAAUACUGUAGACAUUCCUGUGACAUCUACUCCAAGUGUCAGUAACACUGGAUUAACUGAAGAACAAAGACAAAGGAUGAUGCGUAACCGAAUGUUGGCUGAGGAAAGGCGACAAGCUAAGAUUAGAGCUCGUCAAGAACAAGAAGUAAAAGCUACAACAAAUGCUGAUUCUGAAUCUUUUGAUUCUUUGUAAUAUUAUUAAUAAUUUACAAUUGUAAAUACAUAUUUAUGUGUCUAUACAUCUAAGAAAUAUUUAUUUUUUAUAAAAUUAAUUAUUAAUUUAAAAGCUUUAGUAACGGGAAAAUAUUUUUA